CCAUUCCCAGUUCCUCCGGAAGUGGCUCUCUUCCCGAAACACGCCGUGGAACUGGGCGAUCCCAACAUCCUCAUCUGCUGCGUCUCCAAGUUCUGGCCGCCGGUGCUGCGGCUCCGUUGGCUCCGGAACGGGAUCCCGGAAUUCCAAGGGGUGUUGGACAUGCCCUUUUAUCCGGAUCGGGAUAACACCUUCCGGAAAUUCUCCUACCUGCCCUUCAUCCCCCAGCCCGGGGAUUAUUACGACUGCCAGGUGGAGCACGAGGGGUUGGCCGAGCCCAGCGUGGCGCAUUGGGGUGAGGAUCCGGGGAAAAUUGGGAAUUUUUGGGGAAUUUUGGGAAUUUUUGGG